UGAAUUUAUUUACUUUCGUAAUUUAAAAAUCAAUAACUUAUUUUAAAAAUGAAACAUCAAAAGGAAAAUUAUUUUAAAUCAAAAUUUGUUUUACUAAAUUCACAAGAGGAAUCCCAGAAAAUUAUUUGGUCUUGCAGUGAUUCGAGUGAUUAUGAGAAUUCACACAAUGAAAUUAACGUAAAAGCGAUUAAAAGAAAAAGGAAACGAGUGAAAGGUAAAAAGAAAAUCUAUAAUAAUAUUUCUAAUCUUGACGUAACAUAUGUUGAUGUUACAUUAGACAAAAAUAAUGAAAAUGUUCAAGAAUUACGAGAUCAUUCGAACAUUGAAUAUGUUCCAAAUAUAUUGAAAGUUGGUUGUACAUCACCAAUUUUGAAGUCGCAGCAAUAUUUGGCGCCAUUAAAAACGAAAAAGUCGACUGUAAAUUGUCUUAGUCCUAGUGAACAUAAAGAAAAACAAUCGACUAGUCCCGUAUUGGUACUUAAGUAUAACACGCCAAAGUUUUCACCGAAAGUUAGAAAAAAAUUGUUCUCUAAUAAUGGAAAUACUAAUCAUGGUUCAUGUAGUGAGAAUAGAAGUUUGUCCCCAGUAUUAAAUUCCAUAGAAAAUAGGCUAAGGAAAUAUAGUGAAUACCAAAACAAAACCGUAAAUGAAAAUUCCAAUCAAAACAAAAAUACUUGCCAAAUAAAUAUAUUCACACAAAACAAAGAAGAACACAAAUGUGACUCUAGCAUUACCAAAGUAACACAUAUUUACAAAUAUGAAGAAAUUCCAUUAAAAUAUCAAGAACAACAAAUCUAUAACAAUAUUAAUUUAGACGAAACAUUAACGGAUAAAACGAAAAAAGUUGUAUUGGUAGAAAAAGUCAAAUCAUAUUUCGAUAGUUAUUUCAGCCCCACAGCAAACUCUCAACAUUCUAUAAGUGAAUAUGAAUCAAAGAGUAGUCCGAUAAGUAAUGAUGAUAUUGAAAUCAUUAGUUCAUUGCCUGAAACCAAGUGUACUCAAUCUUUAAUAUCUGACAAUAGAUCUUCUUCAGAUAGCUUCAAAUAUUUUGACAAGAAUCCACAAACAGCAAAGAAGGUUAAAUAUAAAAAGGAUGGAUUGGCAUAUCGUCUUAGUGCAUUAAUAAAAAAACAAAACGCAAGCACAUCUCUAUGGUAUCAUGAAAGAUUUUUGGCGGCAAAUUCAAAUUUUGUUCUCCCACAGGAACAAUUCAUGGCUCUUAGAAUACAAGCAGUUAGUUUUAAGUGUAACUGUUUUUUACUCAAAGCACUUAAUGUAAAUGAUGAAAAUUGCCUUAUUCUUAUAAAUAAUUUGUAUGCCAAAAAUAAUAUAAUUGAGGAGAAUUGUGUUCUUAAAAUCUACAAACCAUAUAAAAUUAUAGAAUUUGAAGAUUUUAAAUUGAUUAUAAAUGUGUGUAAAUAUGAAUGUGUAAUAUUUAAAAACUAA